GAUUGACUCCAUUUCAAAUCCAGAAUAUCCGAAUCCGGUACUAAGGUACGAACCAAACGCCAUCUUUAGUCACAACCAAAAACAGAUUCGAAUGCGCUACGCAAAUUGGGGAACAGAGGUCUGGAGCUUUCAGCUUUCGAGUCAGGGAAAGUAGACGGAAACUGAUCAAAAUCUCUCAUCCUCUAGCCUCUGAGACUAGAGGUUGAGUAACCAUGGCUUUUCUCCCCAUCCAAAUAGUUGUAUUAAUGCAGCUCUUGAUGAUUUUAGUUGCAUCCUUAUGUCUUAUGAAAAUUAAUGGUGUGGAUCUUGGAGAAGAAUUAACGGGAGGAGUACACGGAGGAGGCUCAGGUCAAGAACAAAGAGAGUUUGAUUACUUCAAGCUGGCUCUUCAAUGGCCAGGCACCAUUUGUCAAGGAAAUCACCGGUGUUGUGCCUCCAAUGGUUGUUGCCAAGGCUCGAAUUCGCUAUCUGAAUUUACAAUACAUGGACUAUGGCCUGAUUACAAUGAUGGAUCUUGGCCAGCCUGUUGCAAUGGUCCCAGAUAUGAUUCCAAAGAGAUUUCAACACUGACUGAUGUUCUCAAGAAGUAUUGGCCAUCUUUAAGUUGUAGUAAAUCAUCAACAUGCCAUGGAGGGAAAGGAACAUUUUGGGCUCAUGAGUGGGAAAAGCAUGGGACAUGUUGCUCUCCUGUUAUUCGUGAUGAAUACAGCUAUUUUUUGACGGCUAUUAAUGUCUACUCCAAGUAUAUGUCACAGUAA